UCUCUCUCUGUCUCUCACGCAAUGGAUCAGAAUAGCGUAAUCACGCUCGCUUUACUCUGCAUUGUGCUCGCCGGCGUCGGUGGCCAAUCUCCGGCAUCCGCGCCGACAAAGUCUCCGGCGACGCCAGCGCCUGCAGCUACGCCGGUCUCCGUUCCGGCGGCUAAAUCGCCCGCGAAGGCCGCGUCGCCCGCUCCCUCAGCAUCGUCGCCGGCUUCAACUCCGGCACCGACUGCUCCCUCUCCGAAGAAGGCGGCGGCGCCGGCUCCUGUCUCCACCCCUGCUUCUCCGCCGACGGCCGAAGCUCCGGCGAGCUCUCCUCCAGCUACCGCGCCGGUCACUUCCCCGCCAUUGCCUUCUCCGGCCAAAUCGCCGCCGGCGUCUUCGCCGACGACUGCUCCGGAAAGCUCUCCUCCAGCUCCAGAGAGCUCUCCUCCGGCUCCGGUGGAGGUUCCCGCACCGGCCCCGAGCAAGAAAAAGUCUAAGAAGCACGUCUCGCCAGCUCCAGCGCCGGCAUUGCACAGUCCGCCUGCGCCGCCGGCGGAAGCCCCAGGGCCGAGCGGCGACGCGCUCUCCCCGGGACCAACAUUGGCCGAUGAGAGCGGAGCAGUAACUGCGAGGAGCGUGAAGGCAUUGGUGGCGUCCGGGUUGGCGCUGGGAUGGGCCGUGCUUGGAUUGAUUGCCUAGAGACGUCGCCGUUUUACAUUUGAUUUAUAUGUUACUGAUCUGAUGUUGCUGUGCAUUAUGUGAAGAUUGGUCUCACAUUCCUACAUUAUUUGAUUUUAUUACUAUUGUUAUUAUUAUUAUGUUAUAUGAGUGUCUCCUUGAUCAUACUAUUC